GGCAUCGAUCUUUCUCCUUCAUGAAUCAAAACCCAAUCACCCAAACCCUAAUCUCCAAAUUCCCCCAAUGAACCAAAUUCCCUCUCCUCCUCCUUCCUCCGCCUCCGACGGCGACGCCGGAAUGGACGGCGCCUGGUAUGGCAACAUCCAGUACCUUCUCAAUAUCUCCACAAUCGGUCUCUUUUGUUGCGUCUUCAUCUUCGUCUUCCUCAAGCUCCGUAGUGACCACCGCCGCAUGCCUGGCCCUGCUGCUCUCUUCUCCAAACUGCUAGCCGUCUGGCAUGCCACUGGCCGCGAGAUCGCCGUCCACUGUGGGGCUGAUGCUGCGCAGUUUCUCUUGAUUGAAGGCGGUAGCUUCGUUAUGCUUCUGUCCGUUGCUUUUCUAUCGGUUUUCGUUUUGCUUCCGGUGAAUCUGUAUGGAGGGACUGCUGUGUUGGAUGAUCAGUUCUCCAAAACCACCGUAAGUCAUAUUAGUAAAGGUUCGGCUUUGCUUUGGGUGCAUUUUGUCUUUGUUGCGGUGGUUGUUGUUAUUGCACAUUUUGGAAUGUCUGCUAUGGAACAGAGAUUAAAGGUUACUAGGUUUAGGGAUGGGAAUGGGAAUUUGAGUAACCCUACUGCCAAUUCUACUGCAAUUUUCACGAUUAUGGUGCAGGGUUUGCCCAAGACUUUAGGAGUUGAUAGGAGUGUUUUGCAAGACUAUUUCCAAAAAAAAUAUCCAGGGAAGGUUUAUAAGGUUAUUUUGCCAAUGGAUUUGUGUGCAUUGGAAGAUUUAGUCUCUGAAUUGGUUCACGUUAGGGAUGAAAUUACUUGGUUGGUUGCUAAAAUUGACUCUCGCCUUCUCCCUGAAGAGGUUGAAGGUGGGGGAGAAGGAACUAAGGGGUUUUUAGGUUGGGCACACAAUCUAUGGAGAAAGAUGAGACACUUUUGGGAUCAAAUUGUGAUUAUGUUUGGAUUUACAGAUGAAGAGAAGUUGAGGAAGCUGCAAGAAUUGAGAGCUCAGUUAGAGACUGAACUGGCUGCAUAUAAAGAUGGCCAUGCACCAGGGGCUGGGGUUGCUUUUGUAAUAUUUAAGGAUGUGUACACGACCAAUAAGGCCGUUCAAGACUUUCAGAAUGAAAGAGGGAGACCGUUUGGAAAGUUCUUUUCUGUCAUGGAAUUACGUUUGCAGAGAAAUCAGUGGAAAGUUGAACGAGCCCCAUUGGCAACUGACAUUUACUGGAACAAUUUGGGAUCGACAAAGUUAUCUCUGAAACUGCGUAGAGUGUUUGUGAAUACGUGUUUGCUGUUGAUGCUUCUAUUUUUUACCUCACCUCUUGCAGUCAUAAGUGCUCUGAAGAGUGCUGGGCGGAUUAUUAAUGCUGAAGCAAUGGAUAAUGCUCAGUCAUGGUUUACUUGGGUGCAAAGUUCCAGUUGGCUUGGAUCUUUAAUUUUUCAGUUUUUGCCCAAUCUUAUUAUAUUUGUGAGCAUGUAUAUUGUGAUCCCUUCAGUUCUUUCUUAUCUUUCCAAGUUUGAGCGGCAUCUCACUGUGUCUGGGGAACAAAGAGCAGCACUUUUGAAGAUGGUUUGCUUCUUCCUUGUAAAUUUGAUCCUGUUGAGGGGUUUGGUUGAGUCAUCUCUGGAGAGUGCAAUCCUAAGUAUGGGUCGGUGCUAUUUGGAUGGAGAAGAUUGCAAGAGGAUUGAGCAAUACAUGAGUGGUUCAUUCUUGUCUAGAUCCUGCCUUUCUUCUCUUGCAUUUCUUAUCACAAGUACUUUCCUAGGAAUAUCUUAUGAUCUGCUGGCUCCAGUCCCUUGGAUAAAAGAGAAGAUCCAGAAGUUUCGGAAAAAUGACAUGCUCCAGUUGGUUCCAGAGCAAAGUGAGGGUGAGUACCCAUUAGAACACCAGGAUAGCAGCAGUCUCCGGAGACCUCUGAUGAAUGAAAUUAUGUUUGACUCUCCCAGGCAGAGUGAAAUUGACAUUCCGGGACAGGACCUUCCUGUAUAUCCAGUCAGCAGAACCUCACACAUACCCAAGCAGACAUUUGAUUUUGCACAGUAUUAUGCAUUUAAUUUGACAAUAUUUGCUCUGACACUGAUAUAUUCUUCAUUUGCUCCACUUGUGGUCCCUGUGGGAGCAGUUUAUUUCGGCUAUAGAUAUGUGGUUGAUAAGUACAACUUUCUCUUUGUCUAUCGAGUCAGGGGAUUUCCUGCUGGGAAUGAUGGUAGGCUGAUGGAUACUGUGUUGUUUAUCAUGCGCUUCUGCAUUGAUUUGUUCCUCCUAUCCAUGCUACUGUUCUUUUGGGUCAAAGGAGACUCAACGAAGCUGCAGGCCAUAUUUACACUUGGUGGUGGUGUUUUGUACAAGUUAUUGCCUUCUGAUAGUGAUAGUUUUCAACCAGCACUUUUGGGAGGUGUACAAAAUAUUGACAGCAUUGUACAUGGGCCUACUGAUUAUGAGGUUUUCUCACAACCCAAAUUUGAUUGGGAUACAUAUCUCUAAUUAGGCUUUUACACUUUUCAUUGAUUAAAGGUUCAUAAUUUGUACAAUACACCUCUCUGAACUUUCUAAAGAAAAAUCUUACUUUUGUGUAUUUGCACUAGAUUGCUUUUCCUUUUCAUUUUGCUCAUGUAUUUUUUCUUUUCGAAAGUAAAAUCUCAGUCUAUAAGAUAGCUCGUUGCAUGGGGUGAAUUCAUUCUCGUUCAAAAUGUCAAAUGAACAUCAGGUCUGACUGUUAGUCUGAAAAUAAUUCUUUCCUUUUUCAUUCUUUAUAUCUGUGCUCUGGGUGCACGUUUAUUUGUUGUGGAAAUACAUCUAGUUCAUGGUC